AACGAGCAUGUAGUGUAGUGCAAACUCAAGAUCAUUUCUGUUGCGCUGCAUAGAUGCGAUACGGAUAAACAACCCACAUAAGCCAACUAAGCGUAGAUUAGUGGCAGAAGAGGUGUCAUCUCGUCUCAUAAUCAUAAAAUGUGUUGAGCCAAAACAGUUUUCAGUGCAGCAUAUGCUUCGACCCGGAUAACAACGCACCCAGCCAAGUGUAAGGUUUGCUGCAGUGCUUUUCGUUACGGUAAAGUUUUAUUACAAUCGCAUCAUUUAACGACAGGUAUUGACAGUUUAGAGGGUAAUUAAAUAAAUUGUAACCACGCAAUGGUUUAGUGCCGAAACAUGCCUCAUAGUGAACGCGAGUGAAAACACUGUUUAGAGAUCAACGUUGCAGCAGCAUAAAAUCACUCGAUCACUCACUUGAUCGCCGCACACCUCGUGAGUGCUCUUUUCGAUUCUCUCCGUCUGCGUGCAGUUGUCUGCGCUGUUAGAUCUGUUUGUUUAUCUUCGUAUUUUUCAUUAAUAAAAUUGCCUCUCGUUGCCCGCCGUCGUCACAAUCGUUUGCGCUAAGCGAACCGUUCCGUUCGUUGCAGCCGGGAGAGCCCGAGAGCAGGAAAGGACGUGAUCGUGUUGUGCGCUCAGAAGCUGAGCCUGAUCGUGUGCGGGCGCUUAGGCGCAAAAAGAAAAGUGAAAAGUUUCUUUUCUUUUCACACCGGCUAAUUUGAGACUCUUUUAUUGCCACGGGGAAAAGCCCGCUCCGAAACCGGACCCGAAGAGAAAGAGCGAAUGCCACAGCGCGCGCGAUCGAUCGGCAACGAAAGGGAGAAAAAAAGAAACUAAAAAAGGAGGUGGUGACGAGUCCGAAAAGCAUACACACAGAUCGGGUAGGUCGACGGACAGUGGCGAAGAAGAAGCAGAAGAAGUGAAGAGAACAAAAACAAAAGCGGCAAGCAAAAAAGCGUGCCGAUGUGCGGGGCUUAGAAGAAAGAGUGAGAGAGCAACUGGGACCAAUAGCGAAAAAUGCCGAAGCAAUUGGCGGCGAUGCUAUAAAGAUGAGGAAGCGAGAGAGCCAUGUCACACCGCGUCAGAGCGAGACGGAAGGGUCUUUCCCAUGCCCGGAGCAGCUGCUGAGAGUGGAGAGUGGAGUGGCGAAACAGCACAAUCCAACAAAGUGACGAAGCCGACGACGUCGGAGGUGCUAAGGGCAUAAGCGCGCCGAGAGAGCAGUAGAUGCAAGCCAGACACGAGAAAGGUGCUGCUGCUGCCCGAAGGAUAUCGUCGGUCUAGUAGCGCAGAGCGUCAGCAUAACAGUUUUCGUGCGCGAUCGUGAUUGAUGUUCGUUCGACUCGGCGGCCCCCAUUGAUUACGGCUGCACUGCAGUGUGGAAAGUGUGACUUUAGUGGGCAGAAACGACGAGCCCCGGCGGGCUUUGCUUUGGUGUGGGGGUAUCCUGUGUGUGCUUCAGCUGCAUUUAUGAGAAGAGAACGACCCCAUUUGGGGCAACAGGAUUCGGGAUUUUCCGCUGGGAUCCGGAGUGUGGAUUCAGUUCGAGAGUUCUAGCGAGGUGGAACGUUGCACGCGCGGUUGGUGAUCGAUGUCUCGCGAGGACUAGUGUGUGGACGUUGUCGACGGAGUCCUUGGUGGGAGGUGAUGAUCGGUUGCAUGAUCGACGGAAAAUGAUCGACCCAGUGAUAGCCGCGUCUGACAGUGUUAGAAAAUAGGGUUCAGGAAACGGAAGUGUUGUGUUUAGAAAUAUUUCGAUUCGAAGUGACAAGGAGUAACGGGUAAAUUUCGUCAUCGGAAGCUAUUAGAAACGCUGAUUGAAAGUGGAAGGACGAUGGAACUGGUGUCGAUAGUGCUGGUGUGCCUGCUGGCGGUCAGCGCGAACGGUGAGGUGGAAAGCAAAAGCAAACCCGGACGAGGGCGGGGGUCCAUGUGGUGGGGAAUAGCUAAGGCGGGAGAACCGAACAACAUUUCUCCGCUGGCGAACGGGAUGAUCUACAUGGACCCGGCGAUCCACGCCACCCUGAGGCGGAAGCAGCGUCGGUUGGCACGGGAGAACCCGGGAGUGCUGGCGGCCAUUGCCAAGGGUGCCAACAUGGCCAUCAACGAGUGCCAGCAUCAGUUCCGGAAUCGACGGUGGAACUGUUCGACGAGGAAUUUCCUCCGCGGGAAGAAUCUGUUCGGGAAGAUCGUUGAACGAGGUAAGUGGAUGCUAAUCAGGUGGGGAAACAGGGGCCAAAGCACGUACGAAAUACGGAUAUUGGCAGCUGAAUUUGUUAGCAGAUCGACAGUAAUUGGAUGAUAAUACGCACGAGUACUUUAGAUGAAUUGGAAUACAAACAUCAUCGAUUGGACUGAUUUGGAAGUGUGAAGCCAAUUUUGCGAUGAUCUAUUCCAAGAAGAAAGUUGCACGUGAUGGGACACAUGGAGAAAAAAACACUUUUUCAGUCAUACAAGUUCAAAUCAAUUGUAAUCUUCACCAACAAACCAUUUCAGCACACCAUUAUUAACUUGUCAGCGCACAAACCACGCUCUGAUCAACCAGGAACCCUACAAAUGUUUUCACAUCCAAUUAACACCAAUCAGGUUGAUUUAAAUUCAACGCACGCUCUCCACAGUCAGUCAGUCAGUCGUCACAGCCGCUUUGGUUAGUCGCGACUACCGCGCACAAACAACAACGAUGGAAAGUAGCUUUCCCACACUAAUCGGCAAACCUCCGCGCCAACUGCCGCCAUUCAGCACAGCCCAGUAGUUGCACCUGAAGUCAACCACCACCCACACUCGCGCUACUGCUGCCGUAUUUGCACACACUGCUGUGCUGGCUGCCGAAGCCCACCUACCCACGAACCAUUCAUUUCGCAGCGUUGCGCUGCGCUGUUUGUUUGCUUUUCCGCCCCUCCUGGCUUUUGAGAGACGCAUUGAUGAGGACGAAGACUACCGACGACGACGACGACAACGACGAAGACUGAAAGGCCAUUUAUAAAUCGCUAUUUGAAAGCUCCACCAAACAUCCACCUAUAGCUUCAAGUUGCACUCGUUUUUUCCCAAUGAUCGUUGGGGGAGCUGAUCGCGACUCCGUGUUUACCCAUAGAUCUAUCUACCAGCAACGCAGCGGUGAAACAAUAAGCGCCAUUCAUACCCUGGUUUAACGUGCGCCGAUGACUCGUAGCUGCUACUCUUUCGUAAUUAUGUUCAAAGUAUACCUAUUGCGCGGCAUUUUGCUACUGCUACUGCUUCCCACUCCAGCAGUGAACAGUCACAGUGGAGGUUGGUGCAGGUCGUACCAGCAGUUUAUCUAGCGUCUCCAAAUGAGGACGAAUCGUGAUUGUGUGUCACUUUGGGUAAACCCAAAACGUGUGAAUGCUUUGUGGAGUGGAAUGUCUGCUGGGCUUUGACUCAGAAAAAAGGCAUAAUAUGUCCUGCCCUUCACAUCUGUUUUGGGACAAUUUUGGUACAUACAAAGUUUAUCAAUUUUAUUUACAAGCAGUUGUAUUACAUUUAACAGAAGAUAUCUAUGGAUAGUUUGGUUUUCCAAUUUUCCAGGCUUGGAAAUUCUUCUGUAAGUUCUUCUAGAACAUUGUUGUUUGAACAAAUAUUGGUAAAGCUCCGAAGUGUUUUAGUCUUCUGGAUCGUUUUUUUUUAUUCCGCGAGCUGUUUUAUUUUGUAUAAUUUCUUCAUCCUGUAAAAUUCGAGUUACUUUCAGGAAUUCCUCCUUUAAAAAAUACAUAUUAUGUCAAGGCAUUCUCACUAGACCUCGACAGGAUUUUAUCAGAAAUUUGAUUGAAGUGCUAUUGAUUUUUUUUUUAAGUUUUAUAAGUAGCUACUUUAGAAAAUGAUUCAAUAAAUUCCACGGAUAAGUAUUUCUUCAAAUCUUUGUUAACCCUUUAUAAGGCCGAUAAAACUAGAAGAGUUGACAACGCAUACUAUCAUGGAAAUGAUUAUAUACAUGAUUACAUGUACAAAACAAUUUUUAUUUGAAAGAAACUCUCAAAAAUCCAGGUGGCAAUAUAGUUGCCACUGCCCGUUAACCGCAAAAACGAGCUUUUGAGGUGGCAAUAUUCUUGCCAUUGCCCGUUUAGGGUACUUUUCUUCUUUUUACUUCGACAAAAAGCCGGAAAAUUUUUUUAGAGUGGAUUAGGGCUUAACCCAUAAUAUAAACUGUGUUGUUCAGCUCAUGUCAACGCAUAAUUUGAUUAUUUCUUAAAAUGUUUACCAAAUCUAAAAUUUUUCAAUAAGUUUGAGCUUAUUUUCUUCACGCGUUCAAAUUUAGCCAUUUUUGAGAAUACAAAUGGCUCCCAAAUUGUUGUUAAAGCUUUGUUUAGCACAAAAAAAAUACCAGGCGUUGUUGGUAAUCCCAAUUUUGCGUAAACCAAAAAAAAAAGUUCGAAAUAAAUUGUUACAACACAGAUAAAAAUACAAACAGCAGGUGGCAAUAUAGUUGCCACUGCCUUAUAAAGGGUUAACGCAGUUCUCCCAGAUUUUUAAGGUACUAGAAGAUCUAGUGACUUCUCAGAAUUGUUUCAGAGGAUGAUCAUUCGAUUUUGUUUUUAGUUUUUAUAUGUUUUUACAUAAAUUCUUCUAUAAGUUUCUCCAAAGUAACAACCACCUGAAAAAAAUACACGCAAAAUCUGAAAUUAUCAGGAAAUUUUAAUUCAUUUGAAAGAACUUUGGGACACUCAGGAAUUUGUUUUAGACAAUCGGCAGUUUUUAUUGGUGUAAUAUUUUACGGAAAAGAUAUGGUUGGGGUCUCCAGUUAGCAUAGUGGUUAAAGCUAUGGAUCACCAAUCCGGAGACGGUGGGUUCGAUUCCCGUUCCGGUCGGGAAAAUUUUCUCGACUCCCUGGGCAUAGUGUAUCAUUGUGCUUGCCUCACAA